AAAGCAAACAACCACAUCCCGCCUAAUCGUACUUUCACGACAGGGAAGUAAGUGCACCCACACAACGUCUAGGCGGUUUCGGCAACAGUCGAUCGGUUCAGUUGUCAAGAUGCCCACCAUCGCCGUCAACAAGUACGAUCUGUUCAAGGCCCUCGGUCAAACCUUCACGACCGAGGAAUUUGAAGAUCUCUGCUUCGAGUUCGGCAUCGAGCUCGACGAGGAUACCGAAAAUGACGACCGUCCCGUGGUUGACGGCGUCCAGGCGCCGCCCGAGCUCAAGAUCGAAAUCCCCGCCAACCGCUAUGAUAUGCUGUGCUUCGAGGGUAUUGCGCUUAUGCUCAACAUCUUCAGGGAAAAGACGGCACUUCCAAACUACACCGUGGUGGCCCCCAAGGACCCCGAGACCCAGGUCAUCACCGUAUCUCCCGAGACCGCGCGAAUCCGACCACUUGUGGCAGGCGCCAUUCUCAGGAACGUCAAAUUUACUCCGGAGAGCUAUAACUCCUUCAUCUCCCUACAAGACAAGCUGCACAUGAACCUCGCCAGGCAACGGACCCUAGUCGCCAUCGGCACCCACGACCUCGACACUAUACAAGGCCCCUUCACCUACGAAGCCCUGCCUCCCAAGGACAUCAAGUUCACCCCGCUGAAUCAGACCAAGGAGAUGGACGGCGAGGAGCUGAUGCGCUUCUACGAGGGGGACAAGCAUCUCGGCAAGUACUUGCACAUCAUCCGCGAUUCGCCCGUCUUCCCAGUCAUCUACGACAAGAAUCGCGUCGUCUGCUCGCUGCCCCCCAUCAUCAACGGAGAGCACUCCAAGAUCUCUGUCGACACAAAGAACGUUUUCAUCGAGAUGACCGCCACCGACACGACCAAGCUGCAGAUCGUCUGCGACAUGAUGGUCACAAUGUUCUCGCAGUACUGCGCUGAGCCCUUCACUGUCGAGCCCGUUCAGAUCGUCUCGGAACACAACAGCAUGUCCAGAGUCACCCCGACCCUCCGUCCUCGGACGAUCGACGUCGAGAUCGACUACCUCAACGCCUGCACGGGCCUCAACGAGUCACCCGAGGUCCUCUGCCGGCUCCUCACCAAGAUGGCCUAUGUCGCCAAGCCCUCUCCCAAGGACAGCAACCUGCUCGAGGUGUCCAUCCCCGUCACCCGCGCCGACGUCCUGCAUCAGUGCGACGUUAUGGAAGACCUCGCCAUCUGUCACGGCUACAACAACUUACCGCGCUCCUCGCCCAACAAGAGCGCCACCAUCGGCGCCCCGCUCAUGCUCAACAAGCUCGCCGACAUCAUCCGCGUCGAGGCUGCCAUGGCCGGCUGGAGCGAGGUCAUGCCCCUCAUCCUGUGCAGCCACGAGGAGAACUUCGCCUGGCUCAACCGCUCCGACGACGGCACCACCGCCGUCCGUCUCGCCAACCCCAAGACGGCCGAGUACCAGGUCGCCCGCACCACCCUGCUCCCCGGCCUGCUCAAGACCAUCCGUGAGAACAAGGGCCACUCGGUCCCCAUCAAGAUCUUCGAGGUGGCCGACGUCGUCCUGAAAGACGAGUCCCUCGAGCGCAGGGCUCGCAACGAGCGCCACUUCGCCGCCGCCUGGUGCGGCAAGUCCUCCGGCUUCGAGAUGGUCCACGGCCUCCUGGACCGUGUCCUCCUCAUGCUCCGCACCGCCUUCCUCGCCCACGACGAGGGGCUCACCCCCGCCAAGGGUGUCAACUUCACCGUCACCCAGGAGCAUACCAAGCAGGAUGGCUACUGGAUCGAGGAGAUUGACGAGCCCACUUUCUUCGCCGGCCACGCUGCCGGCGUCUUCCUCCGCCUUGACGGGAAGGAGGUUCGCAUCGGCGAGUUUGGCAUUUUGCAUCCCACCGUCCUCGAGAAGUUCGAUCUGAAAUACCCCGUGAGUACGCUCGAGAUCAAUCUCGAGGUCUUCUUAUAGAGAAAGAAAAGGAAAAAGGAAAAGAAAGAAAAAAACCCAAUAAAGAGGAAGGAGACAAAACGCUAGGGUGAUGAUGAUCAUGACGGGUCCGAACUUUAUAGAAGAUGCGUGUCAGACAGGUUAGAGCUUCUGUUACAACACUUCCCAAAGACAAUGAAUCCAUGGAUGAUCAACGAUUAUAAACAAACCACCAUUGUCGGUCGUUGUAGUUUAUCGCUAGUAGAGAACAGAGGAAAACCCACGGAUCCGUGUCUCACUUCCACGAGAUAUUCGACUUUGCGAACGUUCC